CGGGUCUUCUGGAAAAGGCCCUGGGCGGAACAUCUCGGUCGGAAGAGAAAAUGAGUUUAGCUCUGAGAAGUGAUCUUGUAGUAGAUAAAACAAAGAGGAAAAAGCGAAGAGAGCUCUCUGAAGAACAGAAGCAAGAAAUUAAAGAUGCCUUUGAGCUCUUUGAUACCGACAAAGACCACGCGAUAGAUUAUCACGAAUUAAAGGUGGCAAUGAGAGCCUUGGGUUUUGAUGUGAAAAAAGCUGAUGUCCUGAAGAUUCUUAAAGAUUAUGACAGAGAAGCCACAGGCAAAAUCACCUUCCAAGAUUUUAAUGAAGUUGUGACAGACUGGAUAUUGGAAAGAGAUCCACAUGAAGAGAUACUGAAAGCAUUUAAGCUAUUUGAUGAUGAUGAUUCAGGUAAAAUAAGCUUGAGGAAUUUGCGACGUGUCGCCAGAGAGCUGGGCGAAAACAUGAGUGAUGAAGAACUUCGGGCUAUGAUAGAAGAAUUUGAUAAAGACGGUGAUGGGGAAAAAAAUCAAGAGGAAUUCAUUGCUAUUAUGACCGGUGACAUAUAAAGGAUUGCAAGAAUCACCACCAAAAUGUUGCAGUUGUCAUCUGUAUUUCCUUUUUGUGACUAAAGUCCUGUUUAAAAAA